UCAUUCAGUUUGAAGACUUGUGUGUUCUAAACGUUCAAAUUUUAGUCCAAGUUGUUAUUUUUUUUUUAAUUAAAAAUUUAUAAAAGAAUUUGUUUUGAUAUUGUGUUAUAAAUUCUAACUUUCGUUGUUAUUCAAUUUGUAAUGUUUAACUCAUGAAUAUUAAUUUCAUUAUCUUUGUAAAAUAUGAUUGGUAUAUGUUAUGAUUGUGUCAACUGAUAAACUAAUAGUAAAUAAUGGAAAACUUUAAGAGUUUUCGUCUACUUUUAUUUGUUUUCUCACUCUUAGGUUAUGCUUCUUCAACUCUUUCGCAAAAUGUAAAUCACAAUAAUCACGUUAAUAGCAAGAAUCUUAAUUUCUCGAUUCACCAAGUGAAGCAAAGAUGUGAAGCAAAAGUUCUAAAUAUAAGUGAAAUUCUCAAAAUUGCGAAUAAUGAAUUCAGCAGAGAAUUAUCAAACACAUCAAAAAAAUUAUGGGAUCUAAGCAUAUCAGAUCUUAACAAAAAUUCGUUGGAGAGCUUUCAAUCAUCUACUUUUUUAAAAUCAAGCUGUUUAGAAAAAUCUAAUUUCAUAAAGAUUUUUGAAAAUGUGAUUGACACUUUCGCACAUUGUUUUGAAGAUGAUAUUAAUUUAAAAGAGGAAGAGAAAAAAAAUCUAUCUAGGUCAGCUGCUAACCAAAUAUGCUCCUUCUUAGAAUUAGACUCACUUAUAAGAACAACAGACGACGAUUGUGUGGAAAUAAUUAACAACAAUAGAAACUGUUUUCCUUCCAUAAAUAAUCUAACAAUAAAUCGUAAUCUUUCUGAUUUUCACAUUUUCUUGUAUGUGAAACAUGAUCAUACGGCGAAAGAAUGCAAAAUGCUUUCGAAAAUUUGGAGCUGUCAAGAGGAUGUUAUAAAAUGGUGUAAAAAUUCAUCAAUAAAAUUGUACGAAAGGUGGAUAAAAAAUAGAAAGAUAUUCACUGGGUGUCAAGAUAAAAAUGACACUGCUACAGAUACACGAUCUGCAAUACUGGAUGUGGCAAAAGGGCGAUUCAACUUCACCAUUCCAGAAUUAUUACGAAUUUGUGAAUCGAAAGGAAUUAAUUUAAGAAAAACUACCCAACAUGCAAAUUUUCAUGUCUUUGACCUUUUUAUGUCUUGUAGUGUAAAAAAGAAUUUCACAAACUCAAAAGCUUUUCCAGAUGAAGUAUUCAAUUGUGUACGAAAACAUUGCUACUCAAAUUACACUUUGCAAUCCUCAUUUGAAAGAAUUAUAGAUUCUAUUCAGUUUUGCUUUCAUGAUGCGGACAGAAUAAAUUUUAAGGCUAAACGAAACUUGGCUCAAACAGCUGUUCAGGCAUUCUGCGACAAAAUGCUAAUGGAUAUCAAUUUUUUCUAUUUAGGAGAAUUGGCAUUCAGGGAUCCUGCAGGCACUUUCAGGAGUUUGGAAAACUGUUACGAAAAACUUGAGAAGCCAGAAGAUGAAGUGUCGAAUUUUUUUGUCCUGCUAAGUAUUCCACAUGUUUAUACAGAAAAACAGUGCAGAUAUUAUGCUGGGCUUUUUUCUUGUGCACAAAACGAAUUCAGCAAUUCUAGCAAUGAAACGAAAGCAGCAAUUGAAAUUGUGAGAUUAAGACUAUCGAAUUGUGGACCCCUGAUACCUACUUCAUUCACAUAAGAUUUGUCAACAAAUUGAUGGAGGGUGAAAUGGUUAUCAAUUUUUAUUUUUAAAAAAUAAUGAAAGUACGUGAGUCACGUUAUAAAUAGUUUUGUAUUCUUGAAUAUUAUCAAACAACGAAUUGUCUAAUAAUGGUCCUCAUUUUGAAAUUUGAAUUUGUACAUCCCACAACCCUGGUAGUCUAUAAUAAAGAAUUCUUCUAAUUUAAAAUAAAAAA